AUGAAACAAAAGAGCAAAGGUGGAGAAUCUGCAGCUGCAGCUGCAUCAUGUUUUCUUGUCAUGAGCUUGUUAUGUAGCUGCAUUAUUGGCGACCAAAUGGAGACUAACUACGAAGGCUUAUCUUACAAUUACUACGAGAAAACAUGUCCAAAACUUGAAGAGAUCGUGAGAUCUUCACUUUCACCGAUGUUUGUAAUUGAUCCUAGUUCUCCUGCUGCUUUGCUUAGGCUUAUGUUUCAUGACUGCCAAGUUCAGGGCUGUGACGCAUCGAUCCUAAUCGAGCCAAGUGGGGACAAGCAGCAGUUCACGGAGAUUGAUUCAGUGAAGAACUUCGGAAUCAGAAAGAGGGACUUGAUCAGUGGAAUCAAGACGUCACUUGAGACCGAGUGUCCCAAACAAGUCUCUUGCUCUGACAUCAUCAUCCUCGCCGCAAGAGAAGCCGUCGCUCUCACUGGUGGUCCACUCAUCCCAGUGCCAUUAGGAAGAAAAGACUCUCUCUCUACUCCGAGCAAACACGUGGCUGACUCUGAUUUGCCUCCUUCCACUGCUGACGUGGACUCUAUCUUAAGUCUCUUUGGUGGCAAAGGCAUGACCGUGGAAGAAUCCGUCGCCAUUAUGGGUUCGCAUACAUUAGGAGUGACACAUUGCAACAACGUAUUGUCGCGUUUUGAUAACGCAAACGCGACGAGCGAGAACAUGGAUCCACAUUUCCAAACGUUUCUACGAGUUGUUUGCCCAGAGUUUUCUCCAUCCUCCAAAACUGCGGAAGCCACAUUUGUUCCCAACGAUCAAACUUCCUUGAUCUUCGACACUGCUUAUUACGAUGAUGCCAUCGCGGGACGUGGCAAUCUCAUUAUCGAUUCAGAGAUUGGAGCUGAUCCACGCACACGCCCGUAUGUUGAAGCGUUUGCGGCUAAUCAAGACCGUUUCUUCAAUGCGUUUUCUUCCGCGUUUGUAAAAUUAUCGUCUUACAAGGUGUUAACAGGGAAUAAUGGAGUAGUUAGAAGCGUGUGUGACAAGGUCGAUUGA